CGCUCCGUUCGUCUCGAAAUUAGCAAGGCAGGCCAACACCACCUGCUGUUCCCUCCUGGAAACUUUUUUUCGAAGCCCAGCAGCCCCAUCCUCCAACCCGACAAAUCACCGACAGCGGCCAUCAUCAGCAAGUGCAGUCAAGAUGGUCAACUUGGUUACCCAGAAGCGCCUCGCGGCCGAUGUCCUCGGCUGCGGUGAGCGCAAGAUUUGGCUCGACCCCAACGAGGUCAACGAGAUCUCCAACGCCAACUCCCGCCAGUCUAUCCGCAAGCUCGUUGCCGAUGGCCUCAUCAUCCGAAAGCCCGUCACCAUGCACUCGCGUGCCCGUGCGCGUGAGCUGAACCUCGCCCGAAGGAUUGGUCGCCACCGUGGUUUCGGAAAGAGGAAGGGUACUGCCGAUGCCCGUAUGCCUCAGCAAGUCCUCUGGAUGCGUCGCCAGCGUGUUCUCCGCCGCCUCUUGGUCAAGUACCGUGCCAGCGGCAAGAUCGACAAGCACCUUUACCACGAGCUGUACCACGCCGCCAAGGGUAACACCUUCAAGCACAAGCGCGCCCUGGUCGAGCACAUCCACCGCGCCAAGGCCGAGAAGGCCCGUGAGAGGCAGCUCAAGGAGGAGAUGGACGCCAAGCGUGCGAAGACCAAGGCCGCCCGCGAGCGCAAGGUCGAGCGACAGACGGCGAAGAGGAACGCCCUGAUGGAGGGUCUGGAGGAGGAGAAAUAAAUGCAUCAAGACGGCAACUGACGAAACAUUCCUCUACUUCCUUACUGAAAGAAGCUGUCUUCGGAAAGGGAUCCUGCAUUCGGAGUAAUCGGUUGGGUCGCUGCUCAGUACAUAUUUCUCUAAAUCCUACAAGGUCUUCUAGAGAAGUGCUGUCUCUUGACGGGGGUUUCUGGCAAGUUUUUACGGCAUUGAAAACGGGAUCAAUGAGCUGCGAACAAAUUUCACGGAUGGUUUCCUUGUUUAUGAAACACUCUGCAAUUCUCCCAGCCCACCAAGUGAUCUCGCUGGCCUUGUAUUGCACGACUACCCUGUUAGAUAGGCAGACAGUCGGGCCGUGGUCCUACAAUGCAGCGCAGCUUGCAAAGCACCACUGCUCUUGGUUGCAGGGACAUCGUGACAGCUUCACGCAUGCUCGGGACGGGCAUGACGGGCCAUGUGGCAAUGUAUUUAUUUGUACUUGGUAUUACAGUACCACUUCAAGCACCAACGGACCUUCUGUGUCCCGAGGCCAGACCAUGUGAUUGUUCCAUCGUUCCAGAUGAAUUUAUGGCUUGUCCAGUUGUCGAGACCAGCAACAAUAAUACACUUUACUUCAGCUGGCCGCCCACACCAUCCUAGCAUGCGAUCAUGGGCGGAGCGGCAAGCCAGCAGCAGUCAACGAACAUCCCCGGCCAGGAGCCCACUUGAGCUUCGACCCAAGGGCCUGGCAUUCAGGACCCCAAAACACACCCCAUUACACAUUUGAUUACUUCAACUCGGGCACUAUCUAGACUGAAAUGGGCAAAACACAGCGUCCUCGGAGAGACGAGUCAUUCGGGGGAAGGGCAAAGCAAAGAUUGGUAUGAGAAGAAAGGGCGGCCCAUCGCUGGCGCCGGUACAACUAAAACGAUGGGUCAGAGGCUUCAUAUUGUCUCCUGUCAAGGUGGUGAGGUGCCGCCAGAGACAUUUCAGCAUGCUCCCGCCGAGGCGGAAAACCAGAUAUGCAUACUUAGCGAUCUCAUCCUUCCCACAAUUAGUUGUGGGAAGGAGGGCGAGAGGGAGAAAUGGACGUAGUCCAUUACACCUCGGGGGAGCUGAUUUAUAGCCCAGGCGGGCAUGGUGGAGUGGAACUUUUCUUGGCCGGCGGAGCCACAGGUUAAUC